AUGAUUUCAUCAAGUAAAAUAAUAAUAACAGAAGGAAAAUUUAGAUUUAAACAAUUAGAAAAAUAUUUACAAUUAUCUGAUGUACAUUUUAUUGGAUUUUCCACUCUUUUAUCAAACGGGGUACCAGUUGCUUCAUAUUUUCAAACAGACUCAUUCGAUAAACUACAGACAUGGUUUAGCUCAAUUGAAAAAGCACCCCUAUUGAACGUUCAUAUGAUUCAACCGAUUCCUUCACAGGAUAACGUAACAACACCUGGCACAUUCUUACUAUCAGCCUGCGGCGUGAACAACAGAUAUGGUGACAAUAAAUAUUUACGUGCAAUGCGCUUAGUUAGUGGCUUUUUAGCAUCGUUUCCAAAAUUUAAAUUAGCCGAUAAUAUACUUGAAAUCACAAUAGAAGAAUGGUCAUGGUUUUAUCUACGCCGACCAGAAUUACGAAUCGGAGAUCAAAUUAUAACAAUUGAACAUUUAGAAAAUAUAUUAAACGAUAAUAAUUAUACUAAACUUGAUCAUGGUUUAACAAAAUCAGAUAUAAAACCUAAAGUCCGUCAAAACUAUCGUUCCUGCGUCAAAAUAUCAUCCGACGAUGUUGUGAGUAUUCUUGCCGAAGAAGAGGAAGUUCAAGGAAAGAUGUUAUAUUUACAACUAACGAAGUUGUUAAUAACAAUCUAUGUUGAAAAAUCAGCUCCUAUACAGAAAAAUGAAGAAAAUAGUGUUAAAACAACAAAAACAAAUUUACAUGGACUAAGAAUUCGAGAUGAAAUACCAAAACAACACGAACAUUCGUAUUUUAAAAUUCAUAUGAAUGAUAAAGUGCAAUAUAUACACCAGCAAACAGCUUGUUAUUUAUUAACAGUAGAGAAUUCAACGUUGUCUACUGAUCGUUUAUCUCGCGUAAUGCAGAUGAGCAGAAAAUAA